AUGAACACGCUACAGGAAUGCCUGCCCAAGCUGGAGUUCACGCUAUCCGUGGACGAAGAGAACGCUCUCACGCUGUACGAGGAGCUCGAGCAGACGGACAUCAACCCAACCAACCUCAACGUGAACUGCUGCUGCGGUCUACUCCGCACAUCACCGUUCCACCAGCCCAAGCGUUUAACCGGUUCACCCGAUCGCACCCAACUGGGCUCAGGUGACGCACAAACUGAGCCUCACCAUCACCAUCAUCAGCACCACAGCCAUGAUGCGGACGAGCACGUCCCCGUCACAUCCUGCGAGGACUUCGACAAUGACUCCACCCUCACCGACAGAUGGCGCCACAUUGCCGAACGACGCAACGAACGGUACCGCACGUUCGGGCUGCUCGAGUCCAGCAUCAUGAACAGCUUCCAGCUGCAGAACUUUCGCCGCAAAACACCCAGCGUCUUCGAUUCAUCCAGCUCAUCCGGCCAGACGAGCUGCAGCUCUACCGCAUCCAGCAUGAUCGAGGACAUCUCGGACAAGAUCGACGAGAUCGGGAAGCUCGACACCAACAUCCACUCGCUCAUGUACAAAUCAGUCGAGCUUCACAACGACAUACUGUCCCUCGAGGCGACCACAAAUCGGCUGAUCGCCGACACGAAGAAGCUCUCGGACGAUCUGGAUGACGUGCGAUUUUUGGACGAGCUGAUCGCCAUCCUAAACGGAGACAUCGGGCCGGUGAUACACCGCGAGUGGCCUUACAAAAUUGAUACCGACGCACCGAUCGAGGAAGGCACACCGGUCACCUAGCUUCAGCACAUCCGUCGUUGGACGGCCCCGAGCGCAUCCGGUUCCGCUGCGCUCCUGAUCCCGUCUUAGUACGCCCAUUACGCCGCUAGUGUCCUCGUGACUGGGCGCUUUGUAGUGUGCCGACGAGAACGUGAAGAGGCGGCGUGGGAGAAAUGGAAAAGGAAAAUUCCAAAACACCACCGAACCGCACGGCUUGCUGCGUGGGUGGGCUUUCAAAUCGAUAGUCUUGGUCUUGCGAGUAGGAGGAGGUCGUUUUGGGGAGGCUUAAGUAGGAAACGGGCGCCCGCUAGUCCUUGCGCACGAUAAUUGGCUUAAGGGCCCGCAACAGCAGCUCUUACAUUGGGGACGUUGGGCGACGUUGAAUAUUCAAUUGUAUGUUUCCGGGAAAGCACAGAUUCAGCUUUUUGUUUCCUUUUCGUUCCUUUUGUUUUGCCCUUCGCGACGUUUCACCGGCUUCUUAGCCAUAAGCAUAAUUAUAAGUAGGUAUGAGUAGUUGGCGGUUGCGUGUCGCUUUCGAAUGCCCCUCAAAAAGAAAAAUUAAAUAUAAGAAGAAAAAAACCCGCCACCCGACAAUCAGAUGAACCAAGGAAGCCAUUUGAUGGCCAUUAGCCGGCGGUUUGGCAUCCGGGCGAUCGUUAACGAGCCGCCAUUACGGCGGUUAAGAACAUACGCUAACCCAAAGCAGGCUGUACAAUAAACGAGCAAAUUGUGAUAA